ACACGUACACUACCACCGCAAUAUAAUACACACUCUACAUUCACCGACGCUCGCGCAUCGACUGUAAAAAGCGAGCGGAGUGGAGUCUGGGAUCAGUCAGUCGAGCGACGAGCGCCGAGGAGCGAGCUUCGUAAAAGUGCGGCUCUCGACGCUACGUCUCACCGUUCGAUUAUACAUUGUUCGCGAAAAAAAAAAACGAACUGUUCGUCUCGACAGUCAAUGAUUUCGUAGUAAACCAUAUUUGUCGAAGGUAUAUACGGAGAAGUAGAUCAUCUGUGUUCAUCGUGAGGACAACGACGCGGCGAAUCAUAACCUCAAAACCAACGUCUCUCUAUCCCUGGAGCAAGUGUGAUAUAUAGAGGAGAAAUUCUCCAGCAUCCGCAACUACUAGUCAUCUCCCGACUGCGAUAGUCCGUAGGAGUAUACAACGCGUCGGAAGAGGAGGAAGGACGAAGCCAAUUGUGUGUAUAAUACCGCCGCGCCCUUGCGACCGCGCGGGGGAGGCUCUAUGGGGCGAGACGAGAAAUCGUCGGCUUGAGAGCUAGCGAGAGAGAGAGAGAGAAAGAGAGAGGUAGAUACAGAAAACUCGUCGGUGCAUCAGAGAACUCGAAAACAAGCCAAGAUGUCGACUGCACUGCUGGCCCUCUUCGCCGUGAUCCUCUGCAUCCUCUUCAGGAUCCUGAACGUCAACAGUGCGCCGCAGAAGCCGGUGCUCAUCUGCAAGGACCAAAACUUCCUCACCACCGUUCUCAAGAUCGCACCCGUCAUCUCGGAGCCAUACAAACCGACGAGAUUAUGGGGAUUCAGCGGACACGUGCAGACAAUUGUCCACAGUAUAAUUGGCAGAGUGCGAUGCCCAUGGCCUAUCGGCGAGCGCGUCUACAUCGGACUUCCCGACGACACGACGCUCACCUACGAUCUCUACCAGCCGUUGACCAACGGACAUGAAGAUGACGUGACGAUAGCCAUUUGUCCCGGAAUCGGAAACAGCUCGGAGAGCGUCUACAUCAGGACGUUCGUGCACUUCGUUCAAUGCCACGGAUACAGGUGCGCCGUACUCAAUCACGUGGGCGCCUUGUCCAGCGUCCAAGUUACCUCGCCCAGGAUCUUCACGUAUGGCCACACCGACGACUACCACACGAUGCUGAAAAAUUUACUGGAAAAACACCCGAGCACAAAGAUAGUCUGCAUUGGGUUCAGCCUUGGCGGUAAUUUAGUGACCAAAUACAUGGGCGAACAGGGAACCAAUAAGCUGUCCAACAUUAUUGGAGGCAUCUCCAUCUGCCAAGGCUACAAUGCUAUUGAAGGCACAAAUUUUCUGCUCAACUGGACGAACUUCCGCCGGUUCUACCUCUACGUCAUGACGGAAUCUGUGAAGAACAUUAUUUUGAGGCACAAAAACGUAUUGCUGUCGGAGGAGGUGAAGCAACGGCACAAUCUUAACGAGAAGGACAUCGUGUCCGCGGCUACUUUGCCCGAAUUGGACGAAGCCUAUACGAGAAGGGUACACAACUUUAGAUCCGUAAAGGAGCUCUACAAGUGGAGUAGCUCCGCAUAUUAUCUGGAUAACAUCUCGACGCCUAUGGUCUUUGUCAACGCACUGGACGAUCCUAUUGUUCCUGAAUCGCUGCUAAAGCCUAUCAAGGAAUUUGCUGCUAACAAACCGCACAGUUUGUACAUCGAGUUGGCUCACGGCGGCCACCUGGGCUUCUACGAGGGCGGCCUCCUCUACCCCAACCCGAUAACUUGGCUAGAUCGCACUCUUGUCUCUCUCGUCGGUUCUCUGACGCUCGCCGCGUCCGACCGCGCUCUCAAGGCCUUCUAGACACGACGUCGAAGUCAACUUCAUAGUUAUCUGCGGUGGACUGGUCAAGGCUACACGAUGAGGGAGAAAACGAAGGAGCCACGCAAAAGUCUCACUUUGAAGCGAAUGUGUGGAAAGAACCGAGUGUACAAAGCCUUUGAAUUGAGAAUUGAGUAUUUGCCAUGUUUUUGUACGUUUUAUGCGUGGUCAGAUUUUUAGAGUAAUUUUCUGGAUCGGCGCAAGAUGAGCGUGGAGGGAGGGAGAGUCUGAUAUGCAUAUAUACGAUAGUAUAAUAAGUAAGAGUUUGCGCUAGCUCGCUCUAUGUAAAUCGUGUGUGUUUUCUCAGUGUUUUAACGAAGUUCGGAAGAGACGGCGCCGAGAAAAGGAAAAAUCAGAUGAGAGGGGGCUUUCUUUCGAGUUCGAGUGCUUGACGUCGCGUUAAAAGUUGUAGUACGUCAAUUAUUUCGUUAGCGUAACGCUGUAACGGACGUUUGUACUUUGUCACGGUUGAAUUUUAUAGAGAUUGUGACAGGUUUUUAACGUGACUGUAUCAAAUUGAGAAUUUUAUUCAAGGCAUAUAAUAACGAUGCUUUAUCCACCCGGAAGAAAAUUAUGCAUAAUUGUAGAUCGUAGUGGGAUCGAGAAGCAAUACAAAGUGCAUUUGAUUCCCUCGUUCCUGAAGAAAAUUUUUAAACGAUUUGUCAACCACUUGAGGAGAAUGUUGUGCAUCGACGAUAUAUGAUUAUGAGUAAUUUUCGUCGAUCUGGGAAAGAUUAUUUUUGAAUUUACUGAUGUGAUUGCGAUCCCGUUCGCGCACUAAUAAGAGCACUGGAUAAUGUCUCCGACGCAAUGUUAUAAUACCAUGUGUGUUUACACGUGCAGUUUCCUCGAUGUUGAAUUGUAGUCAUAUAAGCCGAUGGAUUAUUCCUGAACCAUUCCCCGUGGUGCUUCUCUGAUUAUUAGAUUUUAGGAUGACCGAGUGAUCCAUCGAUAAUUAUUAAUAAAUUUAGGCGGAUCGAAAAAAGAUCAAAAUUUUACGAUUCAUCAUCAUCGUUAACUGAAAUCUGAUUGGUAUUUAAUAGAAGUCUGAUGUAAAAGUGCUACAAAUUAUACAAAAUUGAAUAUGCUUUUAAACAUUUAUGGUACGUUUGAUAGAGUUCAGGUUCGUGAGAAAAGUUACGGUGAAAAAGUUAUUUUAAAUCUGAAUUUUCUUUCAGAGUCACUUGUCAAAUAAUGCUUUACAAUUGAGAGUGCCUACAGCAGUAUGAAAAUCACAAAUUUUUGCUAUAAUUUUACUCACGCACCAAGAAAAAGUCAUCCUGAAGAUUUUUCGUCGUUCCGUCGAGAAACAAAAAAAGUUCACUCAGGGUACUUUGUAACUAUAUCGAUUAAAUUAUUUGUUGACUAGAAGUAUAUAUUUUUCCACGCUGCGAGAAGUAAUAUUAAGGAGUGGAGUGAAGCCUGUGGCUAAACGUACACUUUUUAAAUGUACUUAUAUUGCUCAUACGCGAUGGACAGUAUUAAGAAAGCAGAGUCUGGAGUAGAAUACAUUCAUUAAUAACAUAUUUAUAUUCAUAAAUCACUAUUUAUAUGACGUUGUUAAAAAUUAUUAUAUUCAAAAUUUAUUUAAUAACGCGUUUUAUUUAUGCAAAGGAAUCGUAUGAGAUAAAAAUAUUCUCUCUAUAGCUAACAAAGUCAUUAUGAAUCGAUCGCUGUCCGACUCUGUUUUCUUAAGUACUAUGUAGCACAACAAAGAACCUUAUUUUUUGCAAAGGUUUUUUUAAUUUCGCAGCGAUGGUAACGCAGUUUUAUGCGUGCAAGAGAGUAUAACUCGUUGUUGAUCGCUCAGAUUUGCACUUUAUUACACGAGAGCACAGAUACUUUUCGUGAUUUUUUCUUUGUAAAUCGAUAAUAGUGAGAAUCUGAAGAUUUUCACGUUCGCGGUAGCAUUUUUUUUGUCAAUGAAAGAGAAAAGUGGAACCAAAGGUUUUAUAAAAGCCCUAUAUUCUGAACACUAAAUAUUAUUUAUAUAUAAAUAUAUAUUUAUACGUUUAUUGUAAAAAGUUAGAUAAAUUUUAUAUUGUUUAAUCUUUUCGAUAAGAAAAAUUUUAGAUAGACACGACGGCGAAUUUUAUUUGAUUUGUAAGCAUCAGCUACAUGAACUAAACAUGUGAAAAUUUCAACGAUCAACUGUGUUACACGAACGUACAAACAAAAGUUGAUACAUACAUAAAAUGUCAAUUAAGUUUGUCGACUCUUACAACUCUUAGCAACAUAUACACCGUGUUUUGGAUUGGAGUUUAAAUUUGGAUUUUGACUCACGGUUCGAUUCGUUAAGACGUUCGAAGUUUCAUACGUAGCAAAACAGUGUUGUUUGUAUUAUCAGUCAUUCACAAAUAUUUUUACGCAAAUAAAAAAGAAACGAUGGUGAAGAAAA